CGGAGACGCCGACGGCACACACCAGAAACCACCGCCGUCGUCAUGUCCACCGCGCUCUUCCUUCGCCGCGCAUCGUCCUCCGCGGCGUCUUCCGCGUCGACGUCCGCGCGAGCCCCCCUCGCAUCCUACGUCGGGUACGCGACCGCCCCGACGGAGCGUCUCGCCGCGGAGAGACCACGUCAUCAUCGUCACCUUCUCCUCGGCAACCGCGGGGCGCGCCUCGUCGCCACCGACGCUCCCGCCAUGCCGCCGAUGUACACCUCAACGCACGAGAUCCUCCGCCCGGACACAUCCGCUUCCCCGCCCGACGGCUCCGUGGUCAUGUCCGUGGGCCUGACCCCGCGAGCCUUCGACCUCAUCGGGGACGUGCGGCACGUGGAGCAAACCUUUCGGCACUUUGUCGACAUUCGCGGCGAGAUCCCGGAGGGCGUGCCCCUGUGCAUGCUGCACUGGGAGGGGUUCAAGCGCACCGCGAGCGACGAGCUGUACCACGCGCAGUGGGCGAACGCCACCGGCGACAGGCCCCUGACCCUGCCCUUCGCGGCGGCGGUCGUGGCGGUGAACCAGGCGGCGAUUAGCGAAGCUUACAAGACGAUCAAGGCGGACGAGUCCGGGUGGAUAUACAAGGUGCGCGCCAGGCCGGAGACGAUGGAGACGGCGCGCAAGCUGGGUUUGGUGAUGUCGGAGGAGCAGUACCUCGCGAUGUGCGACAGGCAGGAGGAGCAGGAGGACGCCGAGGCUUCCCGGUCGUACCCGUGAGGAGCAGAGGGAGGAGGUCAUCGUAUUAGCCCAGGUCUUGUCACAGGAGCUGCGUCUGAUUUUCGG